AUGAAGGAAGCAAUUUAUAAAAUUUCAAGUUGGAUUAUAAGAGAUGGAGGUAUUGAAACAAUUCCAUUAUGUGCUGAACAUAGCCCAACUCUUGCACUCUAUGAGGAUGAAUAUCACACUCAUGGACAAAAAAUUGGCCAAAUGCUACGGUCAUUAUCAUUAUAUAAUGCAGUCAUGCCAAAUUCUUCCGAAUUGGAAGUUGCUCAAAAAACUGUUAAAAAAGCACAAAUGGGUACAAUUAUGGGUGUUUAUCUACCAUGUAUGCAAAAUAUUUUUGGUGUAUUAUUUUUUAUUCGUUUAACAUGGAUUAUAGGAACUGCUGGUAUUGUACAAGCAUUUUUUGUUGUUCUAAUUUGUUGCUCUGUGACAUUUCUUACAUCAAUAUCAUUAUCAGCGAUAGCAACAAAUGGUGUUGUACCUGGUGGUGGACCAUAUUAUAUGAUUUCUCGAAAUCUUGGACCAGAACUUGGUGGUGCUGUUGGUAUACUAUUUUAUUUAGGUACAACAGUUGCUGCUUCAAUGUAUAUCACUGGUGCAAUUGAAAUAUUAAUUUUAUAUCUUGUGCCUGCAGCAAAAAUUUUUGACGAUAUUUACAACUGUUUCCGAGUUUUGGGUACUGGCUUAUUACUUGUUCUAGGAUUGAUAGUGCUUGCUGGAGUAAAGGUAGUAAAUAAAUUUGCUUUACCAGCUGUACUUGUGGUACUAACGUGUAUAGUAUGCACAUUCAUUGGAGCAUUUUUAAAAUUUCACGGAUCUGAUAAUCUCAAGUUUUGCAUGGUAGGUGAUCGUCCGGUUGAUUUGGUUUCAUUUGUUGAGCAUUAUAAAUAUGUGCCUAAUUGCACAGCUACCGGAUUAGAACCACUUUUUUGUAAAAUGAAAAAUGAUUCAAUGUUCUGUGAUACAUAUUACAAACGUAUGACUAAGAUACAAAAUUGGAGAAAAAUUGGACGGCCAGCAAUUCGUCAAGAGAUAGCUAUACCAGGUAUUGCAAGUGGCGUAUUUUUUGAUAAUCUAUGGAGCAAAUAUUUGCAACCACGUGAUAUACUCACAAAGGAAAAAUUUUCACGUGAAAAAUCUGAUCAAACUAUUGAUGAGGGAUUUUAUAUUUAUAUUAAUCAAGCAACUUCAUUUAUGAUCUUAAUUGGUGUCUUCUUUCCAUCUGCUACAGGAAUAAUGGCCGGUUCAAAUCGUUCCGGAAAUCUAAAAGAUGCAUCACGUUCAAUACCGCUCGGUACACUUGGUGCACAGGUCACUACUACAAUUGUCUAUCUAAGUGGUGUAAUUUUAUUUGGCGCAUCUGUUUCGGAAAUGUUUAUUCGUGACAAAUUUGGUCAAUCAGCAAUGAGUAAAUUAGUUAUUGCUGAACUUGCAAUACCUCAUCCAACAGUUAUCCUUAUUGGAUGUUUCUUAUCAACAGUUGGUGCAGGUAUGCAAUCAUUAACUGGUGCACCACGACUUUUGCAAGCAAUUGCUAGUGAUAAUGUGAUACCAUUCCUUUCACGAUUUCAACGAAUGGAUUCAAGAGGUGAACCAAUUCUCGCAAUUUUACUUACUUUAUUGAUCUGUGAAUGUGGUAUACUGAUUGCAGUUAUCGAGAAUAUCACUGCUCUUAUCACUCAAUUUUUUCUCAUGUGUUAUUUGGGCGUUAACACAGCAUGUGCCUUACAAAGUAUUCUUCGUGCUCCUGGCUGGCGUCCACUAUUUCGUUACUUUCAUUGGUCAUUGUCAUUACUUGGCUCAAUUUUAUGUAUCGCUGUAAUGUUUAUUUCAGCGUGGCAUUAUGCUGUAGUUGCAAUUGUUAUUGGAGCUGCUGUUUAUAAAUAUAUUGAAUAUGCUGGUGCAGAAAAAGAAUGGGGUGACGGAUUACGUGGUUUGAAACUUUCCGCAGCACGUUUUGCACUUCUUAAUGUCGAAAAUCGUCCACAGCAUACAAAAAAUUGGCGUCCUCAAUUACUUGUUAUCGCACCCGAUUCAAAAGAAAGCGAAAAUGGAUUGUUUGCAUUUGUGUCACAGCUAAAAGCUGGCAAAGGUCUUACCUUAAUUGCAAAAUGUAUUGAGGGUAAUUUCAUUAAACAUGCUGAUGCUGUUGAAAUUGCCCGAAAUGAAAUGGAUCAACAAAUUAAAUUACAUAAAAUACAUGGAUUUUAUGAUAUAUUAAUGGUAAACAAUUUUAUUGAAGGAAUAUACUGUCUUGUUCAGACAUCUGGUUUGGGUGGUUUACGUCAUAAUACAGUUGUUGUUGCAUGGCCUGAUGAAUGGGCUACAUCACAUGAAAUUAGUGUUUGUCAACGAUUUGUUAGUACGUUACGUGCUGCAGAUGCUGCAGAUUGUGCAAUAUUAGUUCCAAAAAAUGUCAAAAUAUUUCCAUCAUCACAAAUUAAGCUACAUGGCUAUUUAGAUGUUUGGUGGAUUGUACAUGACGGUGGUUUACUAAUGCUUUUGCCAUUUCUUCUAAAGCAAAGUAAAACAUGGCGUAAUACACGUUUAAGAUUAUUUACAAUUGCUCAAAUGGAUGAUAAUACGUUUAAUAUGAAAAAAGAUUUGGAAACAUUCUUAUAUCAUUUACGUAUUGAAGCUCAAGUUUUUGUCAUCGAAUUGCCAGAUUCAGAUAUCUCAGAAUAUACUUAUGAACGAACGAUGAAAAUGGAGGAAAGGGUACGAUUGUUAAAAGAUAUGCAAGUUGGUGAACGAAAAUUAGAUGUUCAGUCAGCUGUUGUUGAAGCAGCUCGUGAAAGGAAAUUAUCACGUAUCAGUGAAGAGGAUCAAUUGCUAUAUGUUAAGGCUGAAAAAACAACUAAUUCAGUGGGAAUAAUAAUGGAAGAAGGUGAAUUAACAGAUGUUACAAUGCUUGAUCGAAGCGAGCAAUCUCGAGUUCAUUUUAGUGAAGAUGAUAUUACACUAAAUGAAAAUGAUACAAAAGAUUUACCAGAAAAUACGGAAAUGUAUGAUAAUGAUUUAUCAUCACCAAUUAUACUAAUUCCGGAUGAUAAAACAAGCAAUAUUAUCAUCAAAAAUGAAUGCUUUGGUGUGAUGCGAAAAAAUUUUAAUGUAAGAAAAAUGCAUACCGCUGUAAAACUCAAUGAAUUAAUGCGAGAGAAAAGUCCAGAUGCUCAACUUGUCAUUGUUAAUUUACCUGGACCACCAGAGCUUGGAAGUGGACAGUACUAUAUGGAAUUUAUUGAAGCAUUAACGGAAGGUUUGCAGAGGAUUUUAUUGGUAAGAGGUACCGGUACCGAAGUUGUCACCAUAUAUUCAUAA